AUGCCAUCCCAGACAGAAAACAUCUUGCCUGGCUGGGGGGAAGGUCAGAUGUCAGACGUCUGUAAUGGCAACUUUCCCCUGGGACAUAUUUCUGAAGAGAUCAGCUGCAAGACCUCAGAGAAACUCCCUCACCGAGUCACCAAGGUGAACAGGAGCAAGGAGGGGGUGCUAAAGGAAAUCUCAGCUACACAGAAAGCAAGAGAUGAGCCCAAGGAAUCCGCCUCCAAGGCAGUUUUCUUGUUUUGGGCCAACAAAGUUAACAGCAGCAAAACAACUGCCUUCCAAAAGCUACUGCAGAAGUCUUCUGUGACUGCGGAAAGCUGCUCUCCAGCCCUCCUUCUCGAGGAAGGGCUUAGCAGCUUGGAAGAAGAAAAGCGGGCUAAAAAUGUCCAGAGAAAGACCAGGAGAGAUCUCUUCUCUGACUCCAAGGUUUUCAGCCAUGUAGACAGACACGUCCUACACGUGAGCCAGCAGCAAGCCCACCACGUGGAGCGGUCAGCCACCCAUGCAGCAGUGAUAUCCAGGCUCCCUUUAACUCACCCGUCCUCUCCAUUGCAGCUGAAGUCCGAGCACACCAGGCUGUCCAUCCAGGCCAUCGUUCCCCUGAUCACGGCCAAAUCCCGGAGCGAGCUGGAGAUGAUGCGGGCAAUAUGGUUCUGGCUCUGCCACAACAUCGAAUAUGAUGUGGACGGCUUCUUGGGGCUGUCUCAGAAGAUCCACGUUCCAGAGCAGGUCCUGCAAACGGGAAGAGCUGUGUGUUCUGGUUAUGCCCAUUUAUGCAAGGAAAUGUGCAGGGAGGUGGGUUUGAGCUGUGUGGAGGUCCCAGGGUUUGGCCGGAGCCCAGGCUCCCGCGGAGGCCGGUGGUGCCAGCAGCAGAAGAGCAGCCACAUGUGGAACGCGGUAAAGCUGGAAGGACAGUGGUGCCUCCUGGAUGCUUGCUGGGGCGCAGGAACCGUGGAUGAAGAGAACAGGUUGUUCGUGCCCAGGCAUGAUGAUUUUUUCUUCCUUACUGACCCUGAGCACUUCGUUGAGACCCACUGGCCAGAUGACCCCCAAUGGCAGCUUCUGCAGCCCCCCCUCUCGCGGGAAGACUUUGAGCAGAGAAUCCUAAUACGAUGCAGCCGGCCAGGCCAGCAGCUUCGGAAACUCGCAUAG